AUGAGGAGAUCACUCAACCCUUUCGAUGAUGAUGAACCGGGAGGUUUCUUUCCAAAUGCGAAACCAGUAUAUGGAGGACUUGAUCCUGAUUCUCGAUCCUACUCUGGUUCCAGCAUUCUUCAGUGUCAAAUAUUAGACAGUCAGUCGAGAACAAAAGCUAGUCAACAGCGGGCAUUGGCAAGUAUUUAUAAUUCAGAGCAAAUUGGUGUUGCUGCAGCUCAAGAGCUCGUUGAACAGGGAGAGAAGUUAAGUCAUGCCGAACGGAAACUUGAAGAGAUUAGCGAGUUACAAAAAGAUAGUCAGAAGAAAAUCAAUACCUUAUCCAGCGUCUUCGGUGGUUUUAAGAAUAUUUUUUCCCGUAGACAAUCACAACCUUUUCCUCAAGGACCAUCUGCAGUGGACAAGAUAGUAGAUAACAGGAAUCAAAGUACUCUAAGACAGUCUCUUCAGUGUGGCAGUUCAUGGGGUAAUCAGUAUACAAGUACACUCCAAAAGAACAUGAUCGAGCCAAAUGACACCCCUAAAUCUCCAGAUAUUGAAUUUGAAAAUAAUUUAUCUCUAAUGGGUGAUGGUGUGUCUCGACUGAAGAGUUUGGCUCAAGGCAUGAAUGAUGAGUUGAAAACUCAAAAUGAUCAGCUCGAUCGUAUGGCGCCUAAAAUUCAUCGAGUAACAGAUACUAUGUCUAACCAAAAUCGUCAAAUGAAUAAAUUGUUAGGAAUUCGGCCAAAAUAA